ACAUUGAUUUAUUUAAUUAUCUCGUCGCGAUCCGGCGAGAGUUUCAUCUCUCGAUCGAUCAGAAAUGGCGGGGCAAAAUGCGACCAACACUGAUCUAUUCGAUGCGUAUUUCAGACGAGCAGAUUUGGACGGUGACGGUCAGAUCAGUGGAGCUGAAGCCGUCGGUUUCUUCCAAGGCUCAAAUUUACCCAAACAAGUCCUCGCGCAGGUAUGGACACAUGCUGAUCAGAGAAAAGCUGGCUUUCUUAAUCGAGCAGAAUUUUACAAUGCUCUUAGACUCGUUACUGUGGCACAAAGUAAGCGAGAAUUGACUCCAGACAUAGUGAAGGCAGCAUUAUACAGUCCUGCUUCAGCUAAAAUCCCUGCUCCCCAAAUAAAUCUUGCAGCUACACCGAGUUCUCAGUCUAGGCCGGGAGCACCUGCUCCACAGUUGAGUGCUAACCAACCACCAUCACCUCAAAACAUUGGUGUUAGAGGACCACACGGCCUUGGUAAUGCAAGCACUGUUGGAAAUGCUCCACAGUUGAGUGCUAACCAACCACCAUCACCUCAAAACAUUGGUUUUAGAGGACCACAAGGCCUUGGAAAUGCAAGCACAAACCAACAGUUUUUCCCAUCUCAACCAAAUCAGUUUAGGCCACCCCAAUCAGUGUCUUCUGGUGCUGGACCUCAUCCCCAACAAAUGCUUGCAAGCCGAAGUAUGCUAAGUGGAAGUACUAUGCAAGUGGCUCGCCCUCCAACUUCAAAUGUAUCAACUAAUUAUCUUGGUGGAGCUACAGGUGGUCCUUUGGGGCCUGCAACUUCACAAGUGCCUACCAGAGGGAUUAGUCCUUCCAAGGCUCAGGAUGGAUUUGGUUUGACAGCUUCAAGUUUGACUCCCUCUGUUCAACCUAGACCACCAGCAACAUCAGGGCAGACUCCAGCUACUGCUCCAGCGCACCAAGUUUCAAAUUCUGAAGCUUUGGUUGUUUCAGGCAAUGGGUUUGCCUCUGGCUCACUUUUUGGAGAUGUAUUUUCUGCAACUCUAGUUCAACCAAAGCAACCUGUCGUGACAUCUUCUGCAGGUAGCUUACCUGUCUCAAGCACAAUUGUUCCAGCAUCCUCUGCGCCUGAACCAUCAGUGAAACCCAGUUCAGUUGAAUCCUUACAGACUUCAAUUCCUCAGCAACCUUUGGGUGGUCAGUAUCAGCAAGGUCGGUCAGCAGUGAAACUGAAUAACCAGUUUCCAGUUCAGAGUACCACUGCUUCUACUUCAACUGGGUUUCCUGUUGGAGCUGCAAAUCCAGCUUCUACUCAGCCCAAUAUUCCAUGGUCAAAAAUGACUCAGUCUGAGGUUCAGAAGUAUACUAAAGUUUUUGUGCAAGUAGACACAGAUAGAGAUGGGAAAAUCACUGGUGAACAGGCGCGUAACCUGUUCUUGAGUUGGAGGCUCCCAAGAGAGGUUUUAAAACAGGUGUGGGAUCUAUCUGACCAAGAUAACGACAGUAUGCUCUCUUUGAAGGAAUUCUGCAUUGCUCUCUAUUUGAUGGAACGUUUCAGAGAAGGGCGCCCUCUUCCUACGAUGCUUCCAAGCACCAUCGUGCCUGAAGAUGCUCUAUUUUCUCUUCCAGGCCAGCCUACAGUUCCACAUGGUAGUGCAGCUUGGGGCCAUGUUGGAGGUUUACAACCACCACAUGGUGCUAGACCUCCUGCAGGAAAGCCACCAAGGCCGGUUCCUGCUCAUCAGCCUGAUAGAACUGUACAGCCGGUUCAACAAAAAUCCAAAGUUCCUCCUCUGGAAAAGCAUCUUGUGGAUCAACUAAGCAAAGAAGAACAGGAAUCGUUGAACGCAAAGCUUAAAGAGGCAACUGAGGCAGAUAAAAAGGUUGAAGAAUUGGAAAAGGAGAUAUUGACUUCUAGAGAGAAGAUACAAUUCUAUCAUGCCAAGAUGCAGGAACUUAUUUUAUACAAAAGCAGAUGUGACAAUCGACUAAAUGAGAUCACAGAAAGGGUGGCUGGUGACAGACGUGAGGUCGAGUUGUUGGCGAAGAAGUAUGAGGAGAAAUAUAAGCAGUCUGGAGAUGUAGCCUCCAAACUAACUCUUGAAGAGUCCACAUUUCGUGAUAUUCAGGAGAAAAAAAUGGAUUUAUAUCAGGCAAUUGUCAAAAUGGAAGGAGAUAGUGGUGAUGGUUCUCUUCAGCAACGUGCUGAUACAAUCCAAGUAGGCCUGGAAGAACUAGUGAAAAAUUUGAAUGAACGCUGCAAACAAUAUGGAUUGCGUGCUAAACCAACUUCACUGGUUGAGCUUCCCUUUGGUUGGCAACCUGGAAUCCAAGAAGGAACAGCUGAUUGGGAUGAAGAUUGGGACAAGUUUGAAGACGAAGGAUUCACUUUUGUCAAGGAACUCACGCUUGAUGUGCAAAAUGUCAUAGCCCCGCCAAAACCAAAAUCUUCACUAGUUCGAAAAGAUGUGACUUCUAUGAACAAUGGUUUAAAUACUUCAUCCUCAGAUACUGAAGCUAAACCCGAGAAGGUCAUGAGUAAAGGUGAAGAGAACACUGAAAAUGAAUUGGCCCAUGAUCAAACUGAGAAUGGCUUGGCAAGAAGUCCUCCUGACAGUCCAGCUGGAAGUGCUGCAGCAGAGAGCAAAUCUCAAGAAGUCCAAGAUUCCCAAAUGAGGAACAUUGGUGCUGAUGGCUCACCCCAUGAUAAAGAAACACGAAGUGAUCAGGACGGUACUGAAUCCGUUUUUUCGGGAGACAAAGUAUUUGAUGAACCUAGUUGGGGAACAUUUGAUACUCAUUAUGAUACAGAAUCAGUUUGGGGCUUUGACACAGAGAGUACCAAGGACAUGGAUCAUGACAGACGUGAAAGUUCUCUAUAUGGUCUUGAUGACUUUGGUCUGAAGCCCAUAAAAACAGAUUCCUCUCGCAGCAAUAACAUGUUUCUGGGGAAGAGCUCAUCAAUUUUUGCAGAUUCUGUUCCAAGCACCCCUGCUUACAGUACUUAUGGAAACUCUCCACGGAGAUUUAGUUCAGGGCCAGAUGAUUAUUCCUUCGACAAGGGGAAGAGUAUAUUUGCAGAUUCUGUUCCUAGCACUCCUGCCUAUAGUUUUGGAAACUCCCCACGAAGGUUUAGUAUGGGAUCAGAGGAGCCUUCGUUUGACAGCUUCUCUAGGUUUGAUUCGUUCAACACACGUGACAGUGGAUUCUUCCAGUCUCCACGCCAUACUCUUGAUAGAUUUGAUUCUAUCCGUAGCACCAAAGAUACUGAACAGAGUCAUGGUCUCUCAAUGAGGUUUGAUUCAUUUAAUGCAAAUGAUAGCGGAUUCUUCCAAUCGUCACAGAGUUCCCUUGCAAGGUUUGAUUCCGUCCGCAGCGCCAGAGACUCAGAUCAUGGUCAUGGGUUCCCAGCAUUUGAUGAGACAGAUCCAUUUGGAUCAAGUGGACCAUUUAAGACAUCAUCAAUAGAGAGUCAAACUCCAAAGAGUAGUUCUGACUUCAUUGAUCCAUUCGGGUCAACCGGACCAUUUAGCAUGUCAGUAGAAAGUCAAAAGAGAAGUUCUGAGUACUCAGAUCCAUUUGGUUCAACAGGGCCGUUUAGCACAUCAGUAGAGAGUCAAACUCCAAAGAAAACCUCAGAAUGGAGUGCAUUUUAGUAGGAGAGAAGGGAGUGCGGUACUAUUAGAUUACAUGUUGUCUUUCUUGACAAAUUGAAGCCUUCCUUCCUUUGCUGGUAAGAUUUAUUAAAUAUUGGAUUAGGUGUGGCGGCUUUGGGUUCUUUGAAGAGAGUAUAUAUAAUGUGACAAUUGAGUGAUUGUGCUAUAAGGUUAAUUUUGUUCUUCAAUUUUUGUUUU